GGCUCCCCCGAUGCGGCACGGCUGCUCCCGGUACCUGUGGGCUGAGCGGCACCGCGGGCCCGGCCACCCCCAGCUCCCCUCCCUCGGUAUCCCCCGAACAGCCCCGCCACGCCCUGGGAUCCCCGCAGGCAGCAGAGCCCCCGGCGCCAUGGCGGAGCCGCGGUACCUGCAGGCCGAGUGCGCUUUCCGGCCCGGGGCACACACGGUGCGGGUGACCCAGACCCGCAGCACCUUGCGGGUGGAGGUGGAGGCUCACGGCACCAGCGACCUGUGGAGGGGCGAGUUCGAUGCCGCCUUCAUCGAGGACCUGACCCGCAAAACGGGGAAUUUCAAGCAGUUUGGCAUUUUCUGCAGCAUGCUGGAGUCGGCACUGACACAGAGCAGCGACUCCGUCAGCCUGGAGCUGCUCACCUUCACCGACCUGGAGACCCUGCAUAGCCGGAAAGUGGGGGCAGUCACCCGGCCUUCCCCUUCCACCUCUUCACCCCUCAACAGCAAGCGCUACCUCAUCCUGGUCUACUCUGUGGAGUUCGACAGGAUCCAUUACCCGCUGCCGCUGCCCUACGCGGGCCGGCCGGACCUCGUGGCGCUGGUGCGGGAGCUGCAGGAGCAGCUGGGGCAGCUCCGGGCGCGGCGCCUGGAGGAGACCCAGCACUUGCGGGAUGCGCUGUGGCAGGCACUGGAGGAGAAGCGGGCAGCAGAGAGCCGGCACCAGCGCGAGUACCGGCAGCUGGCGGCAGAGCUGGCCCAGGCAAAGGCGUCAGAGCAGAAGCUGCAGCUGCGGGUGAAGAACUUGACAGCUGAACUGGCCUCCUGCAGGAGGGGCCGCCAGAAAUCUGCCAGCCCAGCCCCACGCGCCCAGGAGCGACGCUCAGCAUCCCUGGAGAGCCACAGGAGCAGCCGAGGCCACCCCUUGCCAAAGUCCCUGUCACCUGCAGGCUCCCGCCCACCACGCUUCGACCCCACUGCCUUUGUCAGGGCCCGGCAGCGCCGGCAGAAGGAGGCUGAGCUCAGAAACCAGCGGCGUGGAGUGGCUUCUGGCAGCAGCAGCCCGGCCAGGAGCCACAGGCGCAGCUCAUCUGCUGAAAGCUCCCGGAGCUGGCGCCAGGGAGGGAGCCCUGUCAGCAAAGCCCCCGAACCCACGCCCUGCAGGGACAGGAGAGUGACCCGUACACGGAGACCCCUGAGCACCUCACUCUGCAACAGCCCCUGUAUGGUGCCUCGCCCAGCUGCCAGCCACAAGCUGCCAGUGUGCAGGACUGCUGGCAAGCGUCCUGGUAAAGAGAACCGCUCCAAGGAGGCCUCGGCUGAGCUGGCUGAGAUUGAUGCCCGGCUGCAGGCUCUGCAGGAGUACAUGGACAGCCUCAACACCCACAUGUGACCCCUCCAGGGACACACAGCCUCUCCCUGUGUCCUCUGGAGUUUUGGUACAAGUGUCCCCCCAAAUAAACCCUUGUUUGGCCCCA